AUGGUCGGUCCGCGUAACAACAAGAAAGAGCCCACGCAGGUACCCGGUGAUCGAGGUGACGUAUCGCGCUUGAACGCAAGAUCGCACUCUGUCAUGGCGCAAGGCCACAAUGACUUCAGCGGCAGUCGCCCGGGCUCCCAGCGUGACCAGAACGUCUCAGCCGAUGACGUGUUCGCAUACAGCCCUACCGUCCAACCAAAUGGGGCUCAAACGUCAAGGAACAGCGUGUUCUCGCCUAUGGGUCAACCAACAUUUCCCAACACGAGUCUUAGCUUGGUAAAUCAGGCACCAAAGGCUGCAGGCUACCCACCCUGGGCUACCCUAUCAGACUCUCACCCGUUCAACCCGGGCCCACCCCAACGCCCGAUCGCAACCCCGUAUACCCGCUAUCGAGAAGAUUACAAGCAAAAUCUCUUGACCGAUACGUCCGCGGUACCUAACUCCUGGCUACCCCAACUCGAUAUCGACCUCGAUCAGAUGCAUAACCAGUGUCCCGUACCCAGCCCAUCAAGACCACUACUACAACCCUACUCGAUCUCGUCGUUCAACGAACUCGAAUUACCCACCGGUGCGGCUGUCGCGUCUUACCUAGAAGAAAUCAUAUGGCGACCGUCGACUGGCGCCUACGCUGUACCACAAAACGAAGCGGAGAAAUCGUAUUAUGUCAAGAAGAUCUGUUUCGGUCUUGUCAACCUCUCCAACCUCUGGGACACAGUCGCAGAUGUGUAUCCCUACGCGGUCAAGUUCUCCAAAACGGGUACAUGGGCUGAUCCCAGAGACAUCGAGGCGACUGCACAUAUCAUCGUCAGCAACGCUAUGCGUAUCCACAAAAUGGGUGUCGCUGGCUUGCCGUUCCGUCGAUGCGAAGAGUUUGAGUCGCUGAACGCGGAGGAUAUGGAUUUUACUUUUCCACAGCGGAUCCAUUACCUCGCGCGGCUGUUCUGGCACUCGAAAGUCGCGGCUGAUAACGUCAUGUUGGGGAGGGAUAUUGCCAAGUACGUCGCCUUGCCGCUGACGUCCCUCCGCCAUCUACCGCGGUUCGAGGAAGAGUGGUCGACUAUGUCGGACCAGCAGCGUAUAGUGCAGACUCAGAUUCAUCCGUAUCCGCAGGGGCUUAGGCAUCCGACACCUCAGGAGCAGGAACAGAUCUUGAAGCAUGUACGCAUGUUGCCGUCGCUGUUCAACAACUAUAUGGCUACGGGUGGCCAGUCGGGUACGUUUAGUCCACGUCAAAAGCCAUCUGGUGGAUCAGCAGCGCCCGUGAAGCGUCCGGCCGAAGGGGACGUAGGUUACAAGAUGGAACCACCCGCUAAGCGCUAUCAUGAACGUGGGCAUUCUCGGGAUGGAAGUAGUUUUGAGAAGUUCCAGUACGAGGACGGUCACCGGCCAGGUAGCUCCUUGGGCACCAGAACUGCCACUCAAACUCCGGGUAGCGAUCGGACCAACGGAUGA